UGUUGUGUUUCACGAAAGCUGGUUGUUAAGCGUUUGGCGCGUCUUGUCCAAACGGUCCAAGAUGGCGGCCCGACAGCCCGUCGCGCGAGGAGGGAUGUGGAACACUCAGCAGGCCCAGUACAGUAAGGAGACUCAGGAGCUCCUUAAAGUCAUGAUGCAGGAGUCGAAGCUGACGAAUUUCCAGCAGAGAAAACUCAAGCAGACGAUGAAAGAUGGCGGCACCCUCCCCCUCAACUGUCCACCAACCAGCAGCCAGCGUCCCCAGCGCCCCGUCGCGCCCGUGACCCCCAGCAAAAAGGUCAACCCACGGACAUACCUGGGAGGUCGGAGGUCAAAGGAAGCUUGCGAGAGCUCACCGGCCGCACAGCCAGAGGAUUAUAGACCCAGACCAAAGAGUCAGUACUUGUUUAUUUAUGUUUGUUUGUUUAUUUGUUUUGUUUAUUUCCUUCUGUUUACUCUCUCUCCAGUACAAGCAGAGAUUGAAGAACGGGCAGAAUUUCUGGAGGAAAUGGAGCAGUUAGGUCGGGGAAAAGACUACCGGACGAUCAUCCGUACUGAGAUAUCACAGAAAAUCCGUGAGAUGGAGGUCAUCGACCGGAAGCGGACGGAGCAGCUGAAGAAGCAGAUCGAGCUGCAACAAAAGCAGUCUGAUCAGAGGAGACACCUAGCAGAACAGAAGGAAACUGCAGGGACAUCUGAGUUGUGAGGGGGCUGACUGUGACACUAAUGUGUGUGUUACAAAAAAAACUUUAUUCUUGAAAUAGUUGUAGAGGAUUUUGCAGUUUUUGUGAUGAUCUUCACGAAUUGACCACAAACUGUAUAAAAAAUAGCAAAAACCACCUCGACUGCGAAGUUGAAUUCCUGCAAAAAUAAAUGGAUUUUCGGUUGCAGACUGGUCGACAAACCAGUUUGGUUGUGUGGGGAAUGUCUAUGAUUUAGCUAUCUUGCACUGAAAUGAUUUGUACAGUGUUUCUUUGGUGUAUAGAUUUGUUGAUGAAAUAAUGAGUCAUUUCAGCAUGACAUUCCAGAUGUUACUGUAGGUAAUGUUAAGGUUCUAAAGUCGGUUUUACAUUCUAUAGUGUGGUGAGGCGGGUAUGGUAUUGUGUCUACAAAAUGUAUGUAUUUUAGUUUUUUUUUUUUUACAUUUUAUCUAGUAGCGCCUUUCUGUAUCUAAACUGUACAGUUCACUUGUUUUAAAAGGGCUUAGGUUGGUCAGGUAAAAAUUGUAUGUUGAAACAGUGUUUAUGUCUCAAGAGAUUGUUGACCAUUUUAACUCUAACUGUGGUUAAAAUCAAAUCAAACUGUAGGUUGUUUACUUUGCUGAUAAGUAUUGUUAGAUUGUUAGGUAUUGUUUUAACCAUCUUGGACAGAGUGUGAAUAAUAAUGGAGAAUCAGUCAAUGGCUUCUUUCUGACAUCUUAAUUUAUGUCUGGGUGGAUUUUUUUUUUUGCAAAUGACAGGCAAAAAUGAUGGCUCCUCUGCUGUAAAUAAUUUGUUGAUUAUAAAAACAAAUGUUAGAUCAA